GUCCUGGGUAGCACGGCGGACUAACAGGAACACCGCCACGCCGGCAGCAAAACUCAUUUUGGUCCCCGCCCCGUUCCUCUUGCUCCUUCUAACUCCUUCCCCCUUUGCUGAUUCUAGAACGGAACCUUUUUCCAAUUCGUCCCAGUAGAAAGUAGGACCAAUUUCGUGAACGCAAUCCGGAGUAGCCAACAUGGCGGCAGCCGUAAGGUGCAUGGGUAGAGCAUUGAUACAUCAUCAAAGGCAUAGCCUUUUCAAGGUGCUUUAUCAGAUAUCACUUUGUCCUUGUUCGGUAAAUGUUCAGGUGCCCAACAGACAUUUUGCUGCUGCUGCAAAGCCUGCAAAGAAAACAAAAAAAGUUGCUAAAGAAAAAACACCAGAUGAGAGAAAAGCUGAAAUAGAAAAAAUAAAGGCAUAUCCCUAUAUGGAAGGUGAACCUGAGGAUGAUGUCUAUUUAAAACGCUUAUACCCAAGGCAGAUAUAUGAGGUGGAGAAAGCUGUUCACUUACUUAAGAAAUUUCAAGUUCUUGACUUUACUCAUCCAAAGCAAAGUGUUUUUCUUGACUUGACACUGGAUAUGACACGGGGAAAGAAGAAAGCCGUGGAGCCAUUUACUAGUGUUGUUAGUUUGCCAUACCCAUUUGCUUCCGAAAUCAAGAAAGUCGCUGUAUUUACAGGGAAUGCAUCAGAGGUUGAAAUAGCAGAAGAAAAUGGAGCUGCAUUUGCAGGAGGUACUAAUCUGAUACAGAAGAUUUUGGAUGAUGAAAUUAUUGUAGACUUUUAUGUAGCUGUUCCAGAAAUAAUGCCUGAACUUAGUCAAUUGAAGAAGAAACUGAAUAAAAGAUUUCCAAAGUUUUCUCAAAAUUCCAUUGGCCGUGACAUCCCCAAAAUGAUUGAAUUUUUUAAAAAUGGACUUGAAAUUAAGGUAGAUGAAGAAAGGGAGAACUUUCUCCAGGCCAGAAUAGCAACAUUGGAUAUGUCAAGUGACCAGAUAGCUGCCAAUCUGCAAGCAGUUAUUAAUGAAGUUUGUAGGCACAGACCGCUGAGUUUCGGUCCCUUUGUGAUACGUGCUUUCCUUCGUACUUCAACAAGUGAAGGUUUAUUACUGAAGAUUGAUCCAUUGUUGCCUAAAGAAGAAAAAAAUGAAGAAAAUGAAGAAGAAGAUGCCUAAAUGUGUUGAACUGUGAAAUUAUUUUCAGUGGUUUAAGAAGCAAUGGAGGAAAUUAGAAAACUGCAUAAUUUUUACAUUUGGUAUCUCAUUAUUUCUUGAUCGUACUUCAAAGUGAACUUUAUCAUUGAAAAUUCUUACAACCAUUUCAAGAAUAAGAAAAUAAAUUUUUCUCUUUGCCUGAAUCUGC